AUGGCCGACUUGAGGCAUCACUUUGUGCAUUAUUAUUAAAUUAUCUUUUCCUAUUUGAACGGUUAAUAAUCGAAACAGUUUUGUGACAGUUUUGAAAUCUGCUUGUUCAUUUAAUAUAUUGUAUUUUUUUUUCUAUUAUCAGUUGACUCACUGUAAAUUAUAGAUAAGCUUUCACAAUGGGCGAAACUGCCAACAGUGAAGGCUCUACAAAUGAACCAGAGAAGCCGGUUCAGUCAACUGAUGUAUUCCCGCCUUUCCCUAAACCUGAAGAUACGGACUUUGACGAAGAUAUCAUUUUCGAAGAAAGAAAUUACUACAAGAAUAAGUUUUUGGAUUUAAAAGUUGUACAAUCUUACCGACUACAUUGUACAGCAUGUGACCGUCACUUGGGAUGCUCUGCAAAGAAUGAAAACAGAAUGCGUGCGCAUCCUAUGUUACGCACCUUGGUGUGUCACACAUGUCAUACGUUUUACAACAGUGGGGAGUUUGACAAAGGUGAUGAUGGUUCUGAGCUCUACUGCAGAUGGUGUGGCCAGGGCGGCCAGGUUUAUUGCUGCUCAGACUGUCCACAUGUAUUUUGUGCUAAAUGCAUUAAACGUAAUUUAGGUAUGUCAAAAAUAAAAGAAAUUGAGAACACUGAUGACUGGAAGUGCUUCAAGUGUAACCCAAAGUGUCUCUGGGAUCUUCGAGCUUUAUGUUGGGCACUUUUGCGAUAUUGUGAUUUGAAAAAUAAAAUAACAUACGCCAUUCAAGAUCCAGAUUUGAAAGAGGUAUAUCAAAAGGAUUGUGCGUUAGAUCAUUCUGAAUGCUGCAGAAAUAAAGGAAAGAGAAAAUCGAAGGAUGAUUCUAAGAAGAAAAUUGAUGAGAAAAAGGAUACAGAUAUUAAAAAACCUACUGCAUCUUCUGUAAUUACUAAAAUUCCACCAACAAUACAGGUUAAAAAGUUUGCCUCAAUGAUAGAUGAUUCUAUCGGAAAACAAGAAAAGAAAGCUCAAAAACGUCCAUGUAGUCCUAAACCAAAACAGGUGAAAUUUCAACCUGUAAAUAUUGCACCUGGACCGGCAAAAUUAAUGAAUCCAAUACCAAUAUCUCCUGCAAACAAAAAGAUGAAGAUCGGCAAUACAAAUUUUAUAUCACCCGUAAGGUAUCCCACUAUAGAAAAAAAGACUGCUAUGGCAACUUAUGGUCGCUCGAAGCCUGUAAAUAUAAGACCAAUGCCAAUACUGACAAAUCAUUUUAAUGGAUUUAGUAAUGUCAAUUCAUUUUAUAACGAUAACAUCAACUUAUCACUGGAUAGUCUAACACAGGGAUUGGAUAUGGCAGCAGUUACAUCACUUGGUAACAAUGGCUUUCCAAAUGAUGUUGUUUGCACUCCUGAUUUUCCAUUGGAGCCAUUGUGCGAGGUCACAGAAGACAAUACUGAUGAUGAUGUCCAAUGCAUUACGCCCGGACCAGUUGCUACACCAAAAGUAAACGUAAAUUCUAAUACGCCUCCACCACUAGUAGCUCGGACAAACCAAUCUAUUUUGUCUGACGCCUCUGAUAACAUUAUACAAAUGACAGAAAAUGAUGUUACUGUAAAUGCUGCUACUGGAGGCUUAAAGUUUCGUGUCGAUCCGCAAACUUUGUCCUCUAACAAAAUGUAUCGGUUGCCAGACGGGCGUAUAUUCGCUAUAAAUGCAAAUCCUGCUAUGCCAGGAGGCUAUUCAGCUACAAUUGUUGCUGUCACAGAAAAUUUGCCUGGUAAAGUAGCAUCGAAAGGGGCUACGUAUGCAGCCAAAUUAAGUGCUGUUACUACUCAAACCACUCCUCCAGUCUCCAAAACAACUCGUCCACGAUUAUUAAAUCAAAACAGAAUUCGUACACCAAAAUCAACUAAGACAAAAGGAUCUGAUGCUAUUUCAAAUAUUUCGAUUACUUCUAGAUCAUAUGAUGGAGAGGUUCCUGUUGAGUGGUUCAGGUAUAAUCUCUUAGAUGCUGUAGAUUCUUUGGAAUAUUCAUUAUCAAAAUUACAUAAGUUAAAAAAAGAAGCUACAUCUAUGUAUUUACGAACUCGCACUAUUAACGAAAUGAAAAGUAUUCAUAAGUCAAUGGAUCGUUUGUUACACACCUCAUCUACGAGAUUUAAUGAAAUUCGGCAAAACUUGAAUAAAGAAAUGAAACAAUAUCUUAAUCAGAAAAAAAGUGUGGAUUCUAAUGCAAGUGAAGAUGAUGAUGAUGAUGUUGAAAUAUUAAAUGAUGGUCAAGAUGACGAUCCAAUAUUUAUUGAUGAAAAUUCAGUUGAUUCAAAUAUAAAUGAUACAAAUUCCCAAGAAACUCAUGAUGUAGACCUUACAACUGUGAGUAGUGAUCACAAUGACAGUGUUGAAAACAUAAAUGACAAGGAAUAUUCUAAAAAUGAAGAAAAAUCCACUUUAGAAGAAAAAAAAGAUGAUAAUAUUUCAGAAACUUCUCAUACUGUAGUUGAAAACGAGAAUUGUGAUGAAGGGAAUCGUAAUAACGAUGACAAAGUAACAGAUUGUGAGGAAACCGGAAAUGGAGAACUAACAUCUCAAGAAACUGGAAAAGAGGACACAGUGUCAACCGAUGAUAAAUCAAAUAGCAGAGAUAACGAAAAAGAGGGCUUAAGCAAUGUCCGAGAAGAAGAAAUAACAGGCAAUGAUAAUAAUUUGGAAAAAAAUUACGCUGACAUGGAAGAUAAAACAAAAGAUGGUGAACCUAUGGAUGGUGAAGUAAAUAUUGAUAAAGAGACAGAAAACAGCAUUGGUUCAGUUGAAGUGGACCAGAAUAAAGAUGAAGAUGUUAACGAUGUAGAAAUAAAGGGAGACGCAAAAGAAAAGAGUUCGAAAGAAGAUGACGAAGAGAAACAAUUAUUGGAUGGUGACAGAACUGAAGUCGAUUGUGUAGGUAAAAUACAGGACACUGAUAUGAGUGAUGAAAUGAUAGAUAAUUUGCUGAGUGAAGAAACAUCAAAGGAAGAAAUACUGGGUACAUAAAUCAUUUCAUGUGAGUCUUAAUGGUUUAAAAUAUUUGUACCUUUGGUAUAUAAGAACUACUUUUAAAUAUAUAUAAAAAAUAGGUAUAUCUUAUUAGAUAUUUAAGUAUAUUAUGUUGAAGCCAUCUUAUUUUGGGUUUGUUAAAGUGUAUUGACUAAUGUAUGUUAGCUGCAGUUAUUGGAAUAUAUCGAAAUGUCAAUCAACCUUUUCUUUGUUUUUGUUAUAUUUUGUCUCUUAGAUAUUAGCAUUCCACAUUAGUAAUAAGUGGGUGCAUUGAGCCCAGUGGGGUCAAUGUAAUCACUAUAUUCUAAACAAGCUUGUUUAGAAUUAACGUAUAGUAUUUAUCGACGGUGAGGAAACUGACCGAGUUUUUUUGUCAAAAAUCACUACAAUUCAAAACAAUUGUAUAAAAAAAUGUAACUAAUUUUAAUUUAGACUAUGAAAACCAAAUUUAACAAAAAAAACUCUGGAGAUAUUGAUCACCGUCGACGUUAUAUUAUCAUGAUGGCCAUUUAUUGUGAACCAAUGUGUGAUGCUAGUUUUUAAAAUACUUGUGUGUUAUCUGGGCUCAGGCGCAAAACGUCUCUUUCGCAAAGUGUCCAGCGUCUUUCCAGAGGCUUAGAAUAAAAUUUGAUUUGCAAAGCAAAAUCAUUUAUUAAAAUUAUAGACUAAUUAUGAUGUCAUAUUUUUAAUUAUUUCAGUACCAAAAUUAUAACAUCAUAAUUAUUCUAUAAUAUUUAUUAUUUUUACUUCGAAAAUUAAAUUUUGUUCUAAGUCUCUGGAAAGACACUGGACAUUUUGCGAAAGAGACGUUUUACGAACAAGAGGCAUUUUGCGAAAGAGACGUUUUGAGCCAAUAUCUGAACAUUGCAAUGAAAGCAAUUCAAAUGGGCCAACAUACAUGAGCCUACUUUUUUUUCUCUUAAAAUCAACAGCCACAUUAUGUUUAAAAACAAACUUUUUAAUUUUUGCGUUGAACUGCAAUUUAUGUAAUAGAUUGUGUAUAUGUUCAUACUAAAAAAGUUUAUAUGUUUUUGUUAUUUUUGUUUUUAUUAAUUAUUCUUUCAUUGGUUGUAAACUCAUAUUUAUAUUUUUUUAUAAAAAUAAAGGUUGUCUAUGCAACCAGUGUUAACAUUCAUGUUGAAGUGGAAACUUUAAUAGACAUUUCUUUUAAUUUCGUGCUAUUUGAAUACUAGUUAUUUCCAUAAAGUACAUACAUAUUAUAAUUAUUUAACAGUCAUUAACGAGUAUGUGAUUUUGGUGUAAGUACAUAUUUGAUAUCUCAAUAGUCCUUAUCCAUGAAUGCCUUUUAUUCAUUAAAUAUUAAGAACCGAUACAUAAAUUAGCCUAGGGAUUUUAAAAAUCAAAAAGAGACCUCCUCGACACUUGUUCAAACUUAUUACACUUUAUCCCAGAAAGAACUCUCAGAACUAAAGGAAUUAUUUUAUUUGUGAGUAAUAAAUUAAUAAAAAGUUGUUAAAAUACAGUCGAUCAUUGCAACAUUGUAAAUUAAUAACACGCAUGGAAUCCUAUUCUGAAUAAGGUCUACUUAUAAAUAUUUAUUGUACAAAAGUUAUUGGCCAUGCGAUGAAAAAGUUCUGUUAAUAAAUCAGGAGGACAUGUUUUUUAAAUAAGAAUGUUAUAUUAAAUAACGUACUGACAGGCUGUGCCUCAUUAAAGUUUUCCAAUUUCAUUCAAUUUCAAUGCAAUCACGGAAUAAAUCUCGUUUUUGACAAAAAAUAAAAAAUAAAGUGGAAGAAAAAAUGA